AUGGCUUUUCUCGAGAAAGUCAAGAAGGCGGCGCUGUGGUUUGCCAAGACGUACUGGUUCUACAUUGGGCUGGCGAUCUUCGUGGUGAUCGCGCGGUUUGCGCCGAAUUUUGCCCGCCACGGAGGGCUUAUCCGCGCAGAGUACACCAUUGGGUACGGCGCCGUGGCGGUCAUUUUCCUGGGGUCGGGCCUGUCGAUGAGCACAAAGCAGCUGAUGGCCAACAUGGCGAACUGGCGCGCGCACACGGUCGUGCUGGUGCUGCAAUUCCUCGUCACGCCGGCCAUAAUGUACGGAUUCUGCUGCCGACGGAAACGAGCUCCUGACGCUGUGCGAGGUGUUCAUCGGCAACAUGCUGGGAGCCUUUAUUACGCCGGCGCUGUGCCAGAUGUUCUUCAGAGGAGCGUGGGAAUUCGGCAACCCGGCAAACGGCUCAUCGAUUACGCGGGUGUACAGAGACGUGAUGCAGCAGAUCGGGUGCAGCGUGUUUGUGCCGACGUUUGUGGGACAGGUGGUGCAGAACCUGUUCCCGAAACAGACCAAGUGGUUUCUCACCACGUUCCGGUUCAACAAGGUGGGCUCGUUUAUGCUGCUGCUGGUGAUGUUUUCGUCGUUUUCAACGGCGUUCUACCAGCACGCGUUCACGGACGUGAGCCACGCGUCGAUCAUUCUGGUGUGUUUUUUCAACGUCGGGAUCUACAUGCUGUACACGGUGAUCUGCUUUGCUGUGUCGCGGCCAAUUUUCUUGAAAAAAAUGCCCGAGCCUGCAGGACGGGGUGCGUAUGCCUGGUUCCACAAAACUGUGGCUCCGUUCUACUACGACCGUCCAGACACAGUGGCCGUGAUGCUGUGCGGCGCGGCGAAAACGGCCGCACUGGGGGUGUCGCUGGUGUCGGCACAGUACGGCGACAGGAACGAGUACCUGGGACAGCUGCUGGUGCCGCUGGUGCUGUACCAGAGCGAGCAGGUGCUGUGUGCGGGCUUCCUGACCCGGUUCAUGAAGAUGUGGAUCCAUGCCGAGGACAGAAGCAAGGAUGUUGGGAGUGA